AUGGUCUGCGACGACGACACAUUGGUGCUUGUGGAUAACUUGGUCGAGGUACUAAACAAGUUUGAUCACACCAAGUACCAUUACAUUGGAGGCAACUCGGAGUGUGUGAAGUCCAAUGCCGACUUGUCAUUCGACAUGGCAUAUGGUGGGGCUGGCUAUGCUUUGAGCUGGCCCUUAGUCGAGGCAUUGUCGAGCAAGAUCGAAGGCUGCAUUGAGAGGUAUCCACACCUUUUUGUUAGUGACCAUAUGGCUCAGUCCUGUUUGGCUGAAAUUGGAGUUGCUGUUGCUCAUCAGAAGGGAAUUCACCAGAUUGAUCUCCAUGGUGACAUCUCAGGCUUUCUAUCGACUCAUCCACAAGCCCCUUUGCUAACCCUUCACCAUUUUGACACCAUAGAACCAAUCUUCCCCUCCAUGGACCGCCCCGAAGCCAUUCAACACCUCAUGAAAGCAGCAGAAGUCGACCAAUCUCGUCUCGCGCAGCAGACCAUUUGCUAUCAUAGGGAGAGCAACUGGUCUGUCUCGGUUUCCUGGGGCUACUCUGCUUACAUAUACGAGAACAUCAUCCCUAGAAGCACAUUGAUCAAGCCCCUCGAGACGUUCCAGCCAUGGAUUAUCAACACUAGCUACCCGGCCUUCAUGUUCAACACGAGGAGGCCGAAUGAUGAUGCUUGUGAGUCCCCCCACGUGUUCUUCUUCCAGUCUUUAGACAAAGACUGGAAGAAGAACGACAACGCGUCUGCAGCAGUAGUAGGGGACCAGCAGGUUGUCACUACGUAUGCUCGAAAGUGGCCAGCCAACUUGCGUCCUUGCGAGUUGGCUGGGAACCACUCUUCCAGUCUUGUGGAUGAGAUUCGGGUGGUUUCUCGAACGAGGGCUCGUAAGAUGGUGAGUUUGGAUCCUCUUCUGCAUAUGUUUCUUUAG